AUGAACGAGUUUUAAACCUUUUUCGUUGGUUUGGGAGAUAUAUAAAAUACUCCUAUAUCAGAUGAAUAUAGAAAAUAAUUUAAGAUAAGGGGAGACUUCAUCUAUCCAUCUAAUAAAAAGUUUGAUUAAAUUUGUAAGAGGUUUUGUAUCUAUAUAAAUUCAUUUAUAGUUUUUUAGAAGAUGAAAAAUUAAGAUGUAAAAGAAAAUGGGACAACUCUUUUAAAUUAUUUAUGAUUUGGUUUCUAGUCAAAUACUUCGAGAAAUAAAAUCUUAUUAUUAUUCUUCCGGUAUAAUAACAAAAAUAUAUAUAAUAGGUUGAGAAUGAUUGGGUUAAUUUUGAAAAUAUCCUUAAAAUUGACAGACAUUCAUUAAAGUAGCGAUGGAUAACUCUCAUUAAUCCAUAGAUGAAAUCUAUUAAUUGGCUUUAAGAGGAGGAUGAUUUCAUUAAAACUCAAAUGAAGUAGAAUAAUAAAUAUAAAUGUAGCUAAAAGCAUAAACAUAUUUGGACUUAGAUAGCAGUCUCAUUAUAUGAAAGAAAUCUUUAAGGUAAUAUUCGUACACCUAAAUAAAUAAGAGAAAGAUGGAUGAACUAUCUUAAUCCUGAAUUGAAUAAGUAAUAUUUUCAUUUUAUUCUCUAAGAGAUCAAUGGAUGAUUAAAGAGGAUUUAAUUAUCCUUAAUAAUGUUGUAAAAAAUGGAAAGAAAUGGUCCUAAAUUUCAUAAUAAUUAAAUGGAAGAACAGAAAAUUAAGUAAAAAAUCGGUAUUUCAUAUUCUUAUAUCAAGUUAUAAAUCUUUAAUUCAUAAAAUCUGUAAAGAUGAUGAAUGUGAUGAAAUUGAUAUGGUUAAACAAUAUAUAAGAAAAAAGUAAUAAAUAUAAUGAUUUAAUUAUAGUUAAGUUCAUGUGGAUUCCAAUAAAUAAGGAAUAAUAGGAAAAAGAGGUAGACAUAAAAAAGGAAUGAGAAAUAAAGACUAAAAUGUUGAAUAGAGAAAAUAAAGAAAUCUUCCAAAGAUUAUAAAACAAGAAGAAUAAAUAUCACAUUAAUCAUUAAAUUAACCAGCUUAACCAAUUAUUUAAUAAACAUAAUAAUAAUCAUAUUAAUAUUAAUAAUAUUAAUAAUAAUAUUAAUAAUAUUAAUAAUAGUAAAAUUAAUAAAUAUAAUUGUAAAAAUUACAAUAGUAAAUGAAUUUUAAUAAUGAAGAGAUGAAGAUAGCGUUAAAUUUACAAACUAAUUUUCUUUAAGAAGAUAUAAAAAAUACAACAUCUAUGAUGAUGAUCUAAUGUUUAACAUCUCCUGGGUAUCAAUUUCUAGACAAUCAAUUCUUAAAACAAUUAUCUCCAGGGAUAAUUGAAGAAGGAGAAUGCAAUUAGAAUUCUUCUUUACAAUUACCAAAAUUUAAUAAUAUGUAUAAAAUGAAUUCCACAUCACCUUUUUUAUUGCCUUCCAUGUUAUAAUCUCCUUUUUGGAAUAACGAAUAAUAUAUGUAAUAACAUGAAGAAUAGAUGAUACCCCCUCCGCAGACAUAGACAUUUGCAUCAUAAAUAUCUACUACUCCUUUUUUGAAUUUAGGUUAUCUAAGAUAACCUUAAUUAAAUGGUAUUUCUAACAAGAAAGAACUAGACUUAUUACAAGAAAAUCCCAUUUAAUAAUUUAAUAAAAGAAGAAAUUUUAAUUAAUAGUGA